UUUGACUCUGAUUUUUGAUUUAUUUAUUUUUAAUUUUGGGUCUAGUUUUCGAAGCUAAAAUUCCUAAGAUGAUCGAUUCUAAUCCCCUUUGGAUAGAUUCUCCCAUACUUCCCCAUACUUGUAGGAAACCUACAAAAGGCCACCCUCGUCCGCUCCCCAUAACCCACUUCAAACCAUUAAACAAUCAAUUAAUCAAUCAAGCUUCAAAGACUCUUCUGUGACAAACAAUCCAUCAUCUCUCUCACACCUCCUUCAUCCUCCUGACCUCAUUGUUUUUGCCUACGAUUGCCUGGGCUUCUAGACUUUGCCUUGCUCCGCCACUGACCUUACCUUAUAUACCUCCUCUAUCGCCCUCUACUCUCUGCCUUGAGUACUCCAUAUCAUAUCAAUCCCUCUUAUCUACUAUACUACUCUCUUCGCUGCAAACCAUCCUCUCGACUUUCCAAACAAUAAUAACAACAACACAUCCACCACCAUCAUGCCUCAUAAAGUCAACCAGUCCAAUUCUACUCUGGCAAGCACUGGCAGUAGCGGUGACCGGGUGGUUGUCACAGACCUGCGAGGGUCCAACACAGGUCCACGCCGAACGCAACCUCCCGUCGUCGUUCACAACCAGGGGGGACAAAUAUAUGACGAAACAAGACCAUCCGAUUGGGACAAGCAGCGGUGGAAGUAAACAACGAACGGUGCCAGCGUUUGGGUUCUGGUCACCUGCUGCUGGCCAGCGGGUGUGAGACGGGCUCUUAGUCAGCUGAUUAUCCGCGCGGCUUUCCCAAAGUGAGGCGAGUGAUCGGCAGCACAACUUUCUCGUUUCUCUCAUCUUCCGCGUCUCUCGUUCGAGACCGGCAAUCGGCGGAUACGCUCUCUCUCUACAUUCUGGGACCGCUCAAGUCACCGCAACCAUGCCCCCUGAUGCUGGUUCCCACCGUGGCUGACCGUUC